UAAAUGCCGCGUUUCUCCCAGGGGUUGAGGACCGCGACUCAUCGAAUCGUCAGCACACAGAUAGUGGAUCUUAGUAACGACCAGCUCUGUUUGUGUUGCCUCUAGUCGUGGUCUCUCCGGAUCUUUCCUUUGGCGGCCAGAAUCACAAACAUGGGUGAAAUAACGGAUUCACAGAGAGAAGAUAUCAAGUCUGCCUUCAAUUUGUUUGACAAAGACAGCAGUGGGUUCAUUGACGCCGCCGAGCUGAAAACCGUCCUACAGACCCUGAAGCAGAACCCCACGGACAAGGAUGUCGAGGAUAUGAUAGCAGAACUGGACAAAAACGGUAACAAAAAAAUAGAAUAUGACGAAUUCGAAAAAUUCAUGGCCGAUAAAUUCAAGAGUCCAGAUGAAGCUGAAGAAGAAAUGAGAAAUGCGUUUAAAAUCUUUGAUAAGGACGGAAGUGGAAAAAUUGAUGCCAAAGAGCUGAGGCAUGCGAUGAAAAGUUUGGGGGAAACAAUGACAGACGGGGAAGUAGACGAAAUGAUCAAGGCGGCGGAUCAAGACUCUGACGGCAAAGUGGACUAUUCCGAGUCCCAGAAAAUAAGUGUUCCUUACAAUGGAAUCCUUCCCAUCAAUAUUAAACAAGUUCCACAAUACAGCCCAAUUCCUAGUAAGUUACCAGAGGAAAUAAAACAAGAAUUCCGAGAGGCGUUCGAGCUGUUUGACAAAGACGGUAGCGGCUAUAUCAACAGUCGGGAACUUCUGACGGUGAUGCGGGCCUUCAAACAGGACCCAACCAAGGCCGAGGUGCAGCACCUAAUGCAGGAACUGGACACCAAUGGAAAUGGCAAAAUAGAAUACGAAGAAUUUGAAAAAUACAUGGCCGAUCACUAUAAAUCUGCAGAAGAAGCCAAUAGUUCAAUGAUGGAGGCUUUUAAAUUAUUUGACAAAGAUGGAACCGGUGAGAUUUCGUUCGAGAUGUUCCUGGAAUAUGCACCCUCUAAAUUCCGGUCCGAGGAUGAAGAAAUGUCCAUGGUGAAGGAGGCGUUCCGGGUGUUCGAUAAGGACGGAAGUGGUUACAUCACAAUAGACGAGGCCAAGUCCAUUCUACAGCGAGGAGAGAACAGCAUCAGUGACGAGGACUUACAGGAGUUCUUCAACCAAUCUGAUUUGGACAAAGACGGACAAAUUAACUACGAAGAGUUUGCAUUGAUCCUGAACGAGCGAUUCUCGGCGGAAUCUUAUGAUUGAAGAAGCAAACAAAACAUGUGCAAUAUGGACUAAAUAUAUUGGUUCGGUGAUUUUGUUUAUUUAUUGUGGAGAGCACAGACUAAUGUGAAGGGCUCGAAAUUUAUAUAAUGGAUGCAUUCAUAUAAAAUAUAAAAGAAC